AUGACAGUUGAAACUUUAUACGCCACAAAACAUGCAAGGGGGAUGUUACCACGAGGCCUCAUCGAAUGGCUCAAAAUUGACAUAGAGCCUGUCGACCCAAAUGAAAAGUAUGAUGAGUUUAAGACUCACUUCCCACUGGGAAAAUCUCCAGCUUUUCUGGGCGAGCAACGGAUUUGAGUUGACCGAGGUGCUCGCAAUUCUUUCCUACCUGGUCAAUUUGAAGGGCGACGUGGAACUCGAAAAAACGUUGUACGGAUCAGCAUUGGAGGAGCGUUCGCAGGUAAUUAGGAUCCUCUCAUUCGUCAACCAAGAAAUAGCCUUAAGCUUUAUUGCACUAAUUUCGGCUGUCAAAACCAGCGCCAGUCAAGAGGUGUACGAUGAAAAACUGGCCCAAUUGCUCGGAUGCUUCGCAUUUCUCGAACAACGUCUAACUCAGCAAGAGUUUCUGGUGAAUGACCACAUCACAAUUGCGGAUUUAUACGCUGCAGCCGUGUGUGGGUUACUCUUCAAGAGUGUUCUUGGAAAGGACAGGACUGCCGGCUUCAGUUUACUCGAGAAGUGGCUACCCAAAGUUCUGCAACACCCAGCUCUCAUGGGCAGAUUAGACACCUCAGAGUUUCUGGAGAAGACGGUCUCCCUUCCCUCAGCCAACUGA